AUGGCAAAGUCGGGCAAGAAGAACAAGAAGGCCGAUAGCGGCAAGCAGAAGAAUAAAAAGGGCAAAGCUCAGGAGGGUUCAGACGCUCCAACGCCUCAGCUUGAGCUUCCUUCUACCGGACUCGACGAGCAACAACUAGCAGCAGAAACGCCUCUUCCUGAAGACACACUUGAUCUAACCGCGGCGCCUACACCAGAACCCGAACCACAGUCUACUACAGAAGCUGCGCCGGAAGCUGGGUUGGAACCUUCGCAAGAGCCUCUACCGACACUUGAGUCUGCGCCUGAGAAAGAGUUACAAACGGAACCAGCGCCGCCUACCGAGCAAGUUCAGACGCCCUCUGCUUUCGAAGACCAACAGCAAUCACCGUCCAAAAUCGAUGGUUUCACUCAAAUUAUUGAACCAGAAAAUCGGUCAAAUCAAUCCACAGAUAUGAGUGCUACCCAGGUUCAGAAUCUUCAGGAGCCGACCUACGAAAAUUUCGGCGCAUGGGGGCAAUUUGGUUCAAUCGAAACGAAGAACGAGAACGACGACACCCCGGCGCUACAAAGCAAUCCUACAGAACCACCCGAAGGAUCGCCAAUUACUGCACCACAAUCACCUGUGUUCACGUCUGGCCCAGAGACUGUCACUGAACCUACUGAAUUUUGGCCAGCUUCGGAAGAAAACGACCAGACUAAGGCUUCGGCUCCCCAAGAGGAGGGCUCUCCCACAAAGAAAGACACUGACAUCUCCCACGACUCUACCAGCCCGUUUGCCAAGUCAGGCUCAUCUGAGCCAACUUCUGAACCUGCUCCUGCUCCUGAAGUUACCCCUACCCUCGCCUCUGGGACAGAACCUGAGCCCGUUAACGAAUCCGAGCCUGCCAAGGAGCCAGAACCGAUGUCAGUUCACGAACCGGCGACUGAGCCAGAGCCAAUUGCAAAUGUAGAGGCCGUGAUGAGACCUGAACGUACAAUUGAUCCGGCACAGGAGGUAACCCCUCCUGUUUCAAAGCCUCAGUCCCCUGCGCCACCGACUGCUUCGCCGUCAUACAAGUCCGCUUCACCAAUGCAACGCACAAUUUCGCCUGCCGCUAUAAGUGUCGCUGAUACCGUCGAUAUGCAACAAGCGUUCCCGCCCAUUCCUCCGCCCACGGCUCCUACACCACCAAUUGCGUCGCCCAAGUCCCAGCAUGCUCCGCCCGUAAAAGAUGCUGUAUUCACGGCUCCGAGGGCGGCACCUCCUACGCCGCCUAGUGCUUCUCCGUUGUAUCAACAAACCUACCCAGCAGAUCAACCCUACUCUCCACGCCAGAAGCCUGUAUCCUCAUCACAUAUACACCAGUCUCCUGUCCGCAAGUCCUCGUCACCCCUGCCCAAAGUGAGCAGUCCCUUGUCCCAUGCAUAUACCUCCCCAGUGAUGUCUCCUCAUACCGCACCUCUACCUCCAAUGCCUCCGUCAUUCCCUCCUUCAAUCUCUCAUAGCUAUGCUUCUGCCUACCAGUCACCCCCUAUGAGCUCUGGGGGGUUCUUUCCUUCUCAAUAUGGCUACUACCAGCCAACUUCGCACCCGCAUCCUAUGCAGCGUGGCUCAAUGGCGCCUAACGGCGGAAAUCCAUUCUCGGGAAUGAGAGACCAAGGUUAUGGGCACGAAAAUGAGCGCUCAGGUAGAGGUCCAAUUAUUCCCCAAGACCAGGAAGACGCUCGGGAGCUCUUGGAAAGAAUUCAGGAAGCUAUCCCGGAUAUCAACCGCCUUCUUGGGACCUUCAAGCAUACGAAAACCAAGCUUCAGUCUCGCGAAGCCGAGUUCAAGCAGAUGGAAAGCCAGCACAAGCAGGCAUUGAUGCACAAGGAGUUUUUUAUCGAAGCGUUACAAAAUCAGCUGCGCAAGACGGCGAACGAAAGUGCCGAGGAAGCAACCAAACUAAAGAAUAUGAUCAACGAACUUCGGAUGGAGCUUGGCAACAUGGAGGAAAAGCGAAAGGACAUGGAGGAAAAGCUCGCAGACUCCGAGGAAGGAAAAACUGGGCUCCAAGAGCAGGUCAAGAAGCUUAACGAAAACAUUGAGGAGGAGCGUGUGGCACACGACCAGGAACUGGAAAAGCAGCGUGCAGAGAAGGAUGCCGAGAAAGAAGAAGCGCUCUCGAUACAGAAACAGGAUCUGACCGAACUGUUUGAGGAGAUCAAAGCAGAAGAUGAGAAAGCGGCGGCAGAGACUCUUGCGACCCGUGAGACCGAAUUGCAGGAGCAGCAAGAAGCGAUGAAGACAGAGUACGAACAGCAGAAACAACAGAUGCAGGAGUCGCAUAAUAAUUUGCAAGCCGAGUUCGACGCUAAGCUGACAGAGCUCGCAACCACCCAAGAGGAACUCGAACAAAAGCACAAGGAAUUGGAGGACACUCGGAAGGAGCAUACUGAGCAGGUCGAAUCUCUCGAGAACAGCCAUCAGGAGAAGGUCAACGAAAUGGAACGCGUUUGGAAUGAGGAGAGAACUGGCUUGGAGACUCAACUUUCUGAGAAGUCCGAGGAGCUCGCCAACAGUGAGAAGGAGAACAAGCGGUUAGAGGAGGAUGUUCUCGGCAAAGAGAAACAACUCGUUCAUUCAACCGACAACAUGCGACUUACGAUUGAAAAUUUGGGUAAAGACUGCGACAGGCUGAAGAAGACUCUCUAUAGCCUUGGAGAAGCUACUGACCUCAAGAGCACGAAAGGCGAUACAUUCUUUCUAGACUGCUUCGGUCAACUCCAACGUCUUAUUGUGACUCUCUCUAAAGAGCACUUCUCGUACCUUCCAAUUGAUCCUCCUCAGGAGGUUCUCUCAAAGCUUCCGCCAGAUCUACCGUCAUUCCUUGACAACACACCAGCAUCGUGCGAACUACGGUCGGCGUACGUACAGCACGUUGUCUCGAAGACACUAACCUACCGCAUAUUCCACCCAUUCCUGUUCACUUUGGGGCGGAGAUACGAUAAAGCAGAUAUCCUCUUCCAGAUGCUCUCGAUGGAUAUCCGCCGUAAAUCCGUCCGACGCGAAGCAUUCUGGAGACAGCAAACACUCAAAGCAGCCUAUACAACCUCUGACGCGAAAGAGUCGAUCAAUGUCGUCGCCGCCGUGAUCGUGGACGAAAUCAGCAACCACCUAAAGCACCUUGCAGACCCUCGAAGAAUGGAUUCUCUUCUCACGGGAAUUCGGAAAAUUGUGAAGCUUGCGGCGGAAACAUGGAGACAUGCGCGUGUGGAGCGAGAGCUGAUACUUGCCUCCCUUCCCGGGCCUGAGGACAUCAAUUCCCCGACUGAGGACUGGGAAGAGUAUGAGAUCUCACAGGAACAUGACUCUGGUGAUUCCCAGGCAGACCUUGCACGUCAUGUGGUCCUACGUCCUUUCCCAAGGAUUAUUCGAGAAGCAGCCCACGAGGAUUUCAUCGGGGAUGAAAGCAAGGCAAACCCUUGCACGUACUCUCAGGGUGCAGUGCUUUACUCUGACUCCCCUAUCAUCCUUGCACGACUACAAGAGCUGGCGAAGAAGUCUACAGAUGCGCUGGCGGGGGCAGGUAACUCUUCUCGGCGGCAGUCUCGCGCAUCGAAUUAUUCUGAACCACUUUCGCCCCUCCCAACCGAGAUACCGUAUAUGCCAAAUGAUACGCUCAUUGAAGGCGCAACCGGAGCCAACUUUGGGACUGUAUAG